UUUCAUUCCAAACACACAAAAACCCGCUCUUUCCAUUCAUUUCCCAUCUUGGCUCCUUGGGCUUUCUCGGGCAGACACUCCAAUUUUACAAUGGCGGCGCCUUCUGCCCGCCUACCUACCUAGGGUUUCUCGAUCGCGCGUCGAUCUUGUAUCUACGAUUCCCGGGUGCUAGGAGGUAAGGUAUGUAAGCAGGUACAAAAUUGCCCACUUUCAAACGACAGAAAUACGUGGGCAUCAAGACGACGACUACUACUCUCCCAUUCGCCUGGCAGCGAUCGGUCGUCGUCUUUGUGGCGUCAAACCGUUCCGGUCAAAAAAAAUCCGAUAUAUAAAGAUUAGAUUUGUGCACCAAAAUGCUAGGUCUAUCUGUUCUUCUCAUAGUCUGUGCUUCACUCGGCUCGUUUGGGGCGGCAUCCGACGGGGUUGUGCAAUGGCACAUCGAACGGCGGCAAGUUCGUACGCUAGCGUCGCGACUUGCAAAACGCGUUGCGACCACCUUCGAGGAGGUCAUCCACAAUGAGAAGUCGAGAGGCGGCUACUUCGCAAAAUGCUCCGUUGGCGGCCAGGAUGUGACUUUGCAACUAGAUACGGGCUCCUCAGACCUCUGGGUCCCUGCCGACUCAGCAUGUGAAUCUGAUCAGCUUCCCAACGGCUGCUCCCUCGGGUCUUUCAAAAAGGACCAGUCGUCUUCAUUCAAAGUUACGGGAAAGGACCAGUUCAGCAUUCAGUAUAUCGAUGGAUCAUUCGCCCGAGGCGACUAUUUCACCGAUACAUUCUCUAUUGGCGGCGUCAAAGUGUCCAACCUCACCAUGGGACUUGGGAAACAAACCGAUAUUCCCUAUGGCCUGGCCGGGGUUGGUUACGCCUUGAACGAAGCCAUCGUAGGGGGCAACAGCUCCAACUUCACAACAUAUCCAAACUUGCCCGCAACAAUGCUGAACGACGGCCUGAUCAAUACGAAUGCUUUUAGCCUUUGGCUAAACAAUUUGGAUGCAAGUACUGGGAGAAUACUGUUUGGGGGCGUUGAUGUGGCAAAAUUCAAGGGGGUUAUGUCAAGAAUUCGCAUCUACGAAGAUGCCUUUAGUCAGGAGUACAAGUCGUUCACCGUGGCUUUGACCUCGCUGGAGGCGCACAGUGGAAGCGGUCAAGACACUCUUACCUCGCGCUCGUUUCCAAUACCUGUGGUCCUCGACUCCGGUACCACCCUCUCCUAUCUGCCGAACGAUCUCGCCGUCCAAACAUGGACAGAGGUUGGCGCACUCUACAGCGCAGAAUACGGCCAAGCGCUGCUUCCGUGCACAAUGGAGGACAGCAAAGGAUAUUUUGUGUUUGGUUUCGCAGGCCCAGACGGGCCCAAGAUCCAGGUUGAGAUGAAGGAGCUUGUUUUGGAUCUCACAAACGGGCCGGCUCCGAAAUUCACCAAUGGCAGAUAUCAAGGCCAGGAUGCAUGUACCUUUGGGAUCCAAAACUUCACCGGUCAGACCAUGGUUCUGGGCGACACGUUCCUCAGGUCUGCAUAUGUUGUCUACGACCUCGUCAACCACGAAAUUGGUAUCGCACAGACUGAUUUCAACUCGACAACUUCAGAAAUUAUCGCUUUUCCAAGCAGCGGCGCCCCUAUUCCAUCCGCGACCGUGGCACCGAAUCAGGAUCAGGCCGUGGUCAAGCCGCAGGUGACAAUACCUGCAUUCAAUGCACAACCUGGCUUUAGGGAUGGUGUGAGCCAGGCGACCUCGUCAAUAAAGCCAUUGAACAAGACGCACAUCCUAUUGAUGGGCGUGGCAAUCGCCCUGAUAAUGUCAGGUUGAUGGAAUUGCGGGUUGUUCUCCUUACUUUUACUCUAGCAUUAGACUAGAUUAGUGUAAAUAGCAGUUCAACUCUUAGAGAGUCU